UCUGCUCCGUUGAGAAGUCUUCUUCUUCCUCCUUUAGCUAGCUAGCCAACGUGGUCUUCUUCUUCCUCACAAGAACCGGCUGUUCAUCCAACCACAAACCUAUUUCUUCCUACCUUGGUCCCUCUUUCAUGGUGUGCCAAGACAUGGCUUGUCCUCUCCCCUGUUCUCCAUGGAGGUCCCUCUUUCAUGGUGUGCCAAGACAUAGCUUGUCCUCUCCUCUGCCCUCCAUGGAUCCACAAAACUUCACCUUCCUCACAGAACUUGUCCCUUCCUCGAUCCAUGGUGAUGGCAAGUUCCAAAGCAUCUCCUCACCUAGCCAAAGUUCCAGAGCAUGUCCCUCCACCCUUCUUCUUUGAGGUGAUUGCAAAGGUGCUCACAUCCUCCUUACCCUAGCCCCUCAUGGUGACAUGCAGACAGAAAAGUUGGCAGAGGAGUUCAAUUUCCUUCAAACCCUAGCUACCAGCGUCCGGAAACAGACGGGCUGGUCACUAUGGUUUGAUGGAAGUUGUUACUCCAAUCAGAAAAUCGGCCAAACUACUCCCCUGAAGGGCUCUUCGACGCUUCUCUUAGCUGGACCAUGGGGUUUGUUAAAAGGAUGGAGUUCGUCAAGCUUGACGACGGCUGGACCUUUGUCCGCCGCAAGGUACCAACCUACAAGGAGAACAAUGAGGAGACUGUGGAAGGGGUCACACCGAAGUCCAACUCAACUGUCCAUGAUGCUCCUUACCCACCAGCCCUUCGCAAGUUUGCCAGGAGGAAGACUAAAUCUGGAGGAGUGCUGGUCUACUCAGGCCCUGAUCAGGUCGAUCCCACAACUGGUGAAGCAUGGUAUGAGGUGGUUGUUCCAUGGACCCCUCCCCAGGGCAGCCGCAGGCAUGUGAGGAAGAUGUUCGCUGCCCGGCGUACUAACUACGUCAACACCAAGUUCGGUCCGGGGUACUACUCCUAUGGUACCUUUGGUGAUUUCGGGUUGGAGUACUGAAAGGUGGAUUCAGAAGUCAGAAGUCUGAAGUCUGCAGACAGAAGGCCUUUACUGUUUCAAUGUUUCACUGCCCAGCAUUUCUUUUUGCUAAGUCUGUUAAAUUGUACUCUGGAGCAGUUUGUGUGAGCUGGUGAAAUGUUGAGAACCUGUGUAGGGUUGUGGUUUGCUGUUCACUGCCACUAGUCACUUGGGGCAGUUCGUUUUGCUAAGUCUGUUAAACUGAUUAGUACCAGCUAAUGGUUUCGGGGAUUUUAA